CGUGUUGGGCAUAAAAACAAUCUGAGUGAGUGGGCGUUCGGUCGGAGCAGAUCUGCGGCUGCAUUCUCCAGCACAAGUUUAGGAAAAAUGGUGCAACAAGUCUCCAAAGCUGCAGGGAAGGCCACCUAUGUCCUGAAAGGCGGACAUCCUCCUGCAGUGAAAGCUGGAGGGAAACGUGUGGCCAAGAAAAGUCUGGAGGAAAACACCAGCCAUGGGACUGCAGAGAAGGAGACCAAGAGGUCUGACAAACUGAGGUCCUUUACCGCCUCCAGCAGGAUUCAACCAGCCAGUGUCCUCCUGGCAGGAACUCUGGACAAGCUCAGCCAUGACUUUCCAGAGACGCCGGUGAGCGUGAGACACAGCAGGGUCCGUCCUGCCGUGGAGAAAAUCCACUCCCCUCGACCUCACUGCAUCCAACAGCCCAAGAAGUACUGAAAACACAUCUGACACCACCCUGUUCAGUCGACUGUGAAAGACAAACAGGAAGUGGAAGCCACACCACACCAGGCGUUGUCUGAAGAGUCGGUGUCGAUAGGACGCUUUCGUUUUGCUUUUUUUUUUUUUUUUGUAUUUCUAGAAAAGAAGAUGCACUCCUUCAGACAGUGAUGAUACUAUGCACGAAGUUAAUGAUGCUCUUCUAGUGUUGAUAGAGAAAUGUAGGACAACAAGUGGCAUUAUGUGGGUCUGAGUAUGUGUAAAAGGGAGGGUUUGGGGUGUGGAUGGUGGAGAUUUUGACUAUUUAAUGCCUGGCACUUAAAGUUUAAUAAAAAGGAACGGCAUUGCAUCAAUAGAUCACUGCUUUUUUUUUUUUUUUUUUUGCAUAUUUCCUGUUGGGCUGCUUUGGCCACAAGGGGGCAGCAAAUACAUGUUAAACCCAUGGAGUAGAUCAGAGUAGAUGAUAAAAUGCAGCUCAUAAAUAUAUCCUGGAAUUUAGUGUUAAUGAGCUGGAAGGACAGACCGAGAUGGACGGAUGGACGGACACGUGGGUUCUAAACACAGUCCUGCUUCCCACUUGACAUUCUUCAGAGUGUUUACGUUAAGGCUUUGGUUUUACUACAUGUGCCCCUGUGGUGUUAGUGUUAGAGGGUAAACUCUGAUGGGUGGCUCAAACACAACCAGGACACGUCGUCUAAGGUGAGGGUGAAGUUUAAAGCAUUGUGGGUAGUUUCCAGAUCCUGCGUCUUGGAAUUUCUCGUGAUAAUUAAAUGGAUCAUGUGUAAUAAGAUCAUCAUGACUCUCUAACGUCACAUAUUUCCUGUUUAAUUCUGAUUUUUAUGAGCAAAAAAAUGAAAUGCUUUGUAUAACAUGUAGUUCCAAAAACAAAACGAAUGAAUUAAACAAUACAUGGAUAAAUAAAACACUUUUACCAACA